AUGGCACUGGAAUUUAUGGGCACUGUCUGCGAGUUCCUGCGGAAGUUUCUCUCCCUCAUUCUUGGCGUCCUGCUGGCUUUAUGCACACUUAUGUACGUCAUUGGCACCGGCCGUGUGAUUACGCUAGAGCACAACUUUGCACAUGCCGGCUUUGCGCACUUUCUAGGGAUUCUGUUCUCAAUCUUCACGGCCAUUUGCUACAUUUUCUUGCACUUUGUGCCCCGAAAGGCCUACCGCCUGCUCUACUUCAUCUCCGUUAUGCUGGUGAUUACGAUGUUUUUUGUGGCCCACUCGCUCGGCCUUGCCGGCCCCGUCAUCAGCGACUGCAACGAGUUGGGCAUCAUUAACUACAGCGAGAUUGUGGCGAAGUGGAAGCACAUGGGAACGAUGGGCGUCAUCUUCGACAACGCGACCAACACAAAGGUGGUCAUUGGCCGGCUUGGCGAACCCGUGAGAAACUGCGUGCCGCAGGAGCUCACCUUCGCCAGCGCGCUGAUGAUGCUCAUUCUGCAGGUCAUCGCCCUCUUUGAUGUGCAAAAGGUGCUUCUGACACGAGUGAAGUCAAAGACGUACGGUGAACGCUUCGUGGAGAUGGGUAUUAGUAACUAA